AUGAACAGAGACGACAAAACAGGAGCCAAAUGCAACGUCGAACUGGACCUCGACAAUCCCGAGCGAACAGGAGAGUUGUUACUGAAGGAGGGAAAUAACGGCGCUGCGAAGAUCCCAGAUAUGCGGGGGGUUCCCAAAGACAAAAUGAGGGAGAUCAUAGAGGAGAAUGAUGCGGAAAUCACAGACGACUUGAAGUACUACAACAGCUUUACCGAAGACCUCGCCCAAACAUUCAAUGCUGCCGCCAAGAAAUACGGUACCAGCACUUCCAGCGAGGUUUACAAGGAACUUGCAGCUGUUGAGCCUCUUGUGGAUCGUAUUCUCAAGGUGCGGUCACAAGAUAUGCAGAAAAAGCGCAACAUCCGUCAGACUUUUGUGCAAGCCUUUUUCCAAGACGGCGGUGCUUUCGAUGGCUAUAAAGGUUCGAUAGACCCUGCGGAUAUGCUGAAGAAUGCAAAACUCUGGCAAGCAGUCAAGUUAAAGCUCGGAAUGGAGAAGUUACCAGAUGACGAUCCUAAGAUCAUGAAAGGUUUGAAGGACUGGGUGGAUGGGAUAGGUAAGACAUACACGGUCAAACCGAAGCCUCUAUUUGGGGUGUAUUCAUAUGGCCACAUCUACGCUCUGAAGGGUUGGGAGGGGAUGAAACAAAAUCUUCAGUGUCAACUAAAAAGCAAGAAGUAA